AUGGGAGGAAGCAGAGGUGGCGCCGGCCCCGGUUGUUGCCUAGGCUCUCUGUGGACGCUCAGCGGGCACUACAGCACUCCUUCACGUGUUGCUGCAGGAGUUGUUGACCACGCCAGAAGGAGCCUACGUGGUGCUGGUCGGGGACGCGAAAAAUCAAGAGACAGACGAAGGUCAAGUGACAGGUCACGAGAUUCCUCUCACGAAAGAACGGAGUCUCAGCUCACUCGCUGUAUUAGAAAUGUUACUUCUCCAACACGACAACACCAUGUUGAACGAGAAAAGGAUCACAGUUCCUCUCAUCCAAGCAGUCCUCGUCCUCAAAAAGCAUCUCCAAAUGGUUCCAGUAGCAGUGCUGGGAACAGCAGCAGAAACAGUAGUCAGUCAAGUUCAGGUGGUAGCUGUAAGACAUCUGGGGAGAUGGUGUUUGUGUGUGAAAAUGCAAAAGAAGGAGCUUGGAAUGUAAGAACGUCAGAACGCGUGACAUUAAUAGUGGAUAACACUAGAUUUUUUGUGGACCCAUCCAUUCUUACUGCGCAGCCAAAUACAGUGUUGGGCAGGACGUUUGGAUAUGGCAGAGAAUAUAACUUCACACGUCCCGGUGAAAAAGGAGAGUAUGAGGUGGCAGAGGGAAUUGGCUCCACUGUAUGUCGAGCUAUUAUUCUGGAUUAUUGUAAAACAGGAAUAACCCGCUGUCCUGAUGGCAUAUCUAUUCCUGAACUGAGAGAAGCAUGCGACUAUCUUUGUAUCUCUUUUGAACAUAGUACUAUUAAAUGUAGAGAUCUCAGUGCCCUAAUGCAUGAGUUAUCAAGUGGUGGUGCUCGUAGACAGUUUGAAUUUUAUCUAGAAGAAAUGAUUCUGCCUCUCAUGAUAGCUAGUGCCCAGAGUGGGGAACGAGAAUGCCACAGAGUGGUGCUUACGGACAGUGAUGUGGUUGAUUGGGAUGAAGAGGAUCCACCCCAGAUGGGAGAAGAAUAUUCACAAAUUAUUUAUAGCACAAAAUUAUAUAGAUUUUUCAAGUACAUUGAAAAAGAUGUGGCCAAAUCAGUUUUGAAAGAGAGAGGUCUUAAGAUUAGAUUGGGAAUAGAAGGUUAUCCUACCUAUAAAGAGAAAAUGAAGAGAAGGCCUGGGGGCCGCCCAGAAGUGAUUUACAACUACGUCCAAAGACCGUUUGUCCGAAUGUCCUGGGAGAAGGAAGAAGGAAAGAGCCGGCAUGUGGACUUUCAGUGGGUAAAGAGUAAAUCUAUCACCAGCCUUGCAGCAGCUGCCGCAGACAUUCCCCACGACCAGCUGGUAGUCAUGCACCCAACUCCACAAGUGGAUGAGCUGGGUAGUGUCCCUGUCCACCCCGCUUCGGGCAACAGUGACCUCGAUCCUGAUGCACGGAAUCCGAUGCUGUGA